CCAACCACCAGUUUCAGGUUACCCACAGACAUCAUCAUCUACUAGAACUCCUUUCUGGCAUUUAAUGCACUCAACAGCUUAUGCAUGCCACCUCUCUCUUGUGGUUAUUGGCAAAGUAAGAAGGAACAAGUAAAUCAGAUUACCAGAACCCGUGAAGAUAAAAGAGGCCCAACUCAUCUUUCAUCCAUUAAUUGUAAACUCCAUUUGGUUUGGGUUCUCCUUGAAUUCCUCGGGAAUCACCCCACCAUGUCUGCAAUUGAAAUGGCUUCACCCAUCAGACUCUCUUAUCAGAGAUUCAGAAAUGAAGGUGGGUUUGAUGUAGAAGAAGAAAGAGAUGAGAGAGCAUUCCGGAGAACAAGAAGCUGGUUCAGGUUUAGAAAGUUGGGCAACAAGAAGAGAUCGAGGAUCAGAAUCCCAGGCUUAAGGAGAUUCUUGAGAAGAAGAGCAAGGUUACUAACUGCUGCUAGACUUUCCUGGAAUAAGGUUGUGAAGAGGUUGAAGGAAAGCAGAGGUCAUAUGGGCGACCUUUUUUCUGGUAAUUAUUUGUUCCUGCAGGUCAGCCCUUCUCCUUUGAAAUGUUCUUAUAGGCCUCUAACGGGCCAUCACCUCUAUGGUCUGUCUUCGAGUUCGAGGUACUCUCUUGGGAAGAUUGCUUGAAUGUCAAUUUCUUGAUACUCUGUGCUUAUUUUGUAAUUAAUGUCUGUGGCUGGAAUACUUGUACUUCCUUGAAGGUUGAAGAAGAUGGCCUUCAUAUAUAUGGUUUCUCUUUGUUCUUUUACCUUUUAUAUAUGAAGCUAAGGCUACAAUAAUAGAAAAUCAUAAAUUGAGUGACCUGACCUCAUCAGAAGUGAAGUUGUUGAGUUGCAGGUUUCCCUUUCUUAUUUGGUUUAAUUUUCCCAAACAGCUUACAAUCUAUAUAUGGCUAUAUUCUCUGA